AGGCGGCUGUAUCUCUCAUCUGUCUCUCAAACCGUGGCAGCAGUCCUCUGCAACAUGCAGACAGCCCGGUUAUAACUAACCUGUUACACACACACCGCUCAUGGGAUGGCAGCGAGCCGCGCUGCCACCACUCUCUCUCUUCCUCCUCUGAAGAUUAAUUAGCUGGAGACGGAUUUUGGGCCUCUUAAUGAGGAAAUUGCUGCAAUGGUGAAAGGCAAAGCAGAAGAACGGACUCUCCAGUAUCAGCAAACUUUGAUGUAUGGCCGCUACACUCAGGAGCUGGGUGUGUAUGCCAAGGAGGAGGCGGCCCGCCUGCGGGAUGGGGGGAUGCGGGAUGGCAGUGGACUGAGGAGGAACACCAGCGUUCGAAGCCGCGCCGCAGACCUGCCGGAGUAUGAGAAACAUCGGUGUGCAAAGUGCCAACUGUGUGCAUCCCGCUGCCAGAAGUUCCUGAUCUCACGGGUGGGAGAGGACUGGAUCUUCCUCAUUUUGCUGGGGCUGGUCAUGGCUCUGGUCAGCUGGGUCAUGGACUAUGCUAUUGCCUUCUGCCAAGAAGCACAGAAAUGGAUGUAUGGCGGCCUGGACAAUAACAUGGCUCUGCAGUACAUCGCCUGGGUCUCCUACCCAGUGGUGCUCAUCACUUUCUCUGCAGGAUUCACUCAGAUACUGGCGCCUCAAGCUGUUGGUUCAGGUAUUCCUGAGAUGAAAACGAUACUAAGAGGAGUUGUUCUCAAGGAAUAUCUGACUUUUAAGACCUUUGUGGCCAAAGUCAUUGGUCUGACCUGCGCUCUUGGAAGUGGAAUGCCUCUGGGGAAAGAGGGACCCUUUGUUCAUGUUGCCAGUCUGUGUGCUGCUCUCCUGAGCAAAUUCAUGGCUGCUGUUUUUGGUGGGAUUUACAUGGAAGAGCCCUUUGAAGGAAGCAAGAAUGAGCUGAGGAACACGGAGAUGCUGUCGGCUGCCUGUGCUGUGGGUGUUGGCUGCUGCUUUGCCGCUCCUAUUGGAGGUGUGCUGUUCAGUAUCGAAGUUACGUCAACAUUUUUUGCAGUCAGGAACUAUUGGAGGGGCUUCUUUGCGGCCACCUUCAGUGCUUUCAUAUUCAGAGUGCUGGCUGUUUGGAACCAGGAGGAAGAGACCAUCACUGCCCUCUUUAAGACACGUUUCCGUCUGGAUUUUCCAUUUGACCUUCAGGAGCUGCCGGCAUUCGCCAUACUUGGGAUUGCCUGUGGGUUUGGUGGGGCUCUGUUUGUCUACCUAAACAGACUGAUUGUAGAGUGCAUGAGGAAGCAGAAGACUAUAAACAAGUUUUUGUUGAGAAAGCGGCUGGUGUACCCUGCCCUCGUCACCCUGGUGGUGUCCACGCUCACGUUUCCUCCCGGUUUCGGGCAGUUUAUGGCUGGACAGCUGACGCAGCACGAGUCUCUGGUUACUCUGUUUGACAACCGCACCUGGUGUCGCCAGGGUGUAGCUGAGGAGUUUGACUACAUCAGCCAUCAUCAUGCCUGGAAACACCCCCAGGUCAACGUCUUUAUCACACUCAUCCUCUUCAUUAUCAUGAAGUUCUGGAUGUCUGCUGUAGCCACCACCAUGCCUGUCCCAUGUGGAGCCUUCAUGCCUGUCUUUCUUAUUGGUGCAGGCUUCGGCAGAUUAGUGGGAGAAAUCAUGGCAGCCAUGUUCCCUGAUGGCAUCCAUGCAGAUGGUACUGUGUAUCCUAUAGUUCCUGGUGGCUAUGCCGUAGUUGGGGCUGCAGCGCUCUCUGGAGCGGUCACUCACACUGUUUCCACAGCCGUCAUUGUGUUUGAGCUGACUGGUCAGAUCUCCCAUAUCCUGCCUGUGAUGAUCGCAGUGAUACUGGCCAACGCCGUGGCACAAUCGCUCCAGCCAUCCCUGUACGACUCCAUCAUCCGCAUCAAGAAACUUCCAUAUCUGCCCGAGCUGGGGAUGGGACACCACGAGAAGUAUAAUAUCCGUGUGGAGGAUAUCAUGGUCCGAGAUGUGCGCUUUAUCACUCUGAAUUCUUCAUACAGAGACCUGCAGGAGGUGCUGCUGACUGGGCAUCUAAAAACACUCGCCCUGGUUGAAUGUAGAGACUCCAUGAUCCUGCUGGGCUCCAUAGAGCGACUGGAGCUUCAGUCUCUCCUUUCUCUUCAGCUCAGCCGCCAGCGAAGGCUUGAGUACCUUUGUCAGAUGGCCCAGGACAACGGCGCUCAUGAUCCACUCAACAGUCUGACCUCUGACAGCACCCCAAGCUCCCCUUGUGCCCACAUUCACCUCAACACUCCCACCAACACCAGUGCUCGCCAAGUGGUUCGCUUCUUGGUGAGCACCCAGCAGAUCUCCACAGAGGAGUCUUCCUCCUUUAGCCCGGUGGUUUCUAAUGCUCAGCUUCCUCUGAAGUCUGCCUUGAAAACUGUGUUGGCCAUCAGCGAUGCAGAGACGGCAAAUAGCUCACAGACCCUCUCCUGUGCCGAUCAAGACAAGGAGCUGCUGGAGAGUCCGGUCGGGUCGGCCUCUCCUGACAAAACACAGCCCAAGCCCAAACGAGUGAGGAUCUCCAUGGCGGAAUCUCCUGAAGUUGAAGACUGUAUGACUCCCUCAGAGAUAGCAGAGUGGGAGGAUCAGCAGCUCGAUCAGCUGGUAGAUUUUAAGAACUGCAAGAUUGAUCCUGCCCCCUUCCAGCUGGUGGAGCAAACGUCCCUGCAUAAGACCCACACUAUCUUCUCUCUGCUGGGCCUGGAUCACGCAUACGUGACCAGCAUGGGACGGUUGGUUGGAGUGGUCUCUCUUAAAGAGCUGCGUAAGGCCAUCGAGGGCUCAGUAACAGUGACUGGAGUGAAAGUACGCCCUCCUCUGGCCAGUUUCCGUGACAGUGGGAACAGCACAAGCGUAUCCGAGGUAACAGAACUACACAAGCUGUGCAUGCGUCACAGAGGGCUGUCCUUGCCACGGGAACCCAAACCUCCAAACACACCGAAAAAGCUGGACCUUUCAUUUAAAGAUGUCCCCAUCAGGUUCUCAGACAAGACUCAUUUGGAGUUUGAAAACAGCGAUACCCAGUUGUCAAACCUCGUUCUUCAGGAAAGCCCCUCAUUUGCGGAGGACCAAUCAGAGUUUACUUUUGACUGCAGUCCAUCUCACACUGAGGAAUCAGAGUUGGGCUGUGACCAAGACCCCAUUGAUCCAACACCAGAGCCGGAAUUAGAAUUAGAGGAAGAGCACAUGACUCUGCCUCUAAACAUGGAGCAGUCUGAACCUGAGGGAGAGGGUAGCACAGUCCACACUACGGACCAAUCACAAUGCUAAUCUAAUGCUCACCUAUACUACCGCCUCAUAAAUGUAUCUGUUUCUUCAAUUUGUAUCAGUCCAGUCUUGACACUUGUGUUUCUAACCUAGUGAUGUGAGCAAAUGUCUGUUGAAAAAAAGAGCAAAGCUGUUUUUUUUAUUUGCUAUCUUUAUAACAGCCAUCAGAUUUCUUAUGAAGACCAAAUAUUACAUUAUUUCCAAAAAUGUCCACAUUAUGGUUAAUCUAAUGUUGAAAACAUUGAAUGUCUCAUGCAUACAUGGAGGUAAAAUAAGUUGCAUAAAGCUUAUUUUCUCCUGUAUGCAGCUGAUUAAAUAUGUAAAUGAGAAACAGGAAAGCUAGUCAGAAAGCUUGAAGCACAACGCUGCGAUACCUUCUCCUCACAAUCUGCACCAAACUGAAUAUUCCUAACUGAUUCACAUUGUAGGAACUAACAGCACAAUGACUUUAACAGGAAAGAGGACUUUGUUUUACUAUAAUUAACAGUUAAUUGCCAAGUUGGUAGAAAAUCUCAUCUUCAUGGCUGCUUUGGCUCUUGAGAUUUUAUCAGAGUUCCUUCUGAAGAAGCCAGAUAUUUAUGAGAUUCCCUGAAUCCGGAUCACAAAAAAACUUCUUAUACAAUAAUUGUGGAUAGAACUGUUAUCUGUUUUUGGGGGGUUUCAGAUGUAUUCUGUGUCUAGUUGGCUGUAUUUUAUUUGAAUGACUUAAAAAAGCACUAAUGAUUGAGUAUGAACUGAGGACUUGCAGCUAAUGCAGCCGAGUGGCUGGUUGGCAAGUAUCAAACUAUCAAUGAGUUCAUUGCACUAUUCUUACCACCAAAACCUAUUUGAAAUAAUUCCUAUAGCAACUUCAUGCUUUGAUGUAUUUCAUUGGGAUUUUAAGGAAAAAGUAAAUAUAUAUUUUUGAAAUUACCCUGAUGAUAAAAAAUUGUAAUCACUGUAUGUCUUCUGUUCCAUCAUGCUGUCACUCAGCAUUCGUUUUUCAUCACACAUAGAGUUUUAAAUGCAGAGAUCAGUAUUGGUAUAAUCUCAUGGCUGCAAGUCUAACUGUGAUAAGGGACAUUUGUUGGAUUUUCUUCUUUUUUAAUAUCUCCUUCUCUGCAUGUAUCCAUAAAGAACAUAUAUUAAAUAUAGAAAGAAUAUUUGCUAUGUAGGCGGUUCUAGAAGGCAAUUUGUAAUGCCUGAUAUUAUCUAGUGGGAAUCUGUGAAAGAUUGGCUGAAUAAACUCCUAGAUCCUGUUCUCUUAACAAUUACAUGUUACUUCCUAAUUGAUUUUUCUCUUAAAAUCCCAAUGAAAUCUAUUGCAGUUUGAUGUUAUAACCAUCAUAAGUGCGAGUUAAGGCUUAGGAAUGUUUUUUUUCUUUUUACUGUGAAUGUCAACAUGAAUGUUCCUUAGCACUUCAGGGAAGAUGUAACAACCGUUUGUUGAAGGUUUUAAUGCUUUGACUGACCCCUUUUUAAUUAAUAAUUUUAACACAUAAAGAUUUAUAAUUAUUUUCUGGUCUGAAAAAAUGGUAAAACAAACAAUUUUUGUUCAUAUCAUAUUACAUGUCAGUACUCAUUUUAUGUUCAUAUUUAUUAUAAUUAUUAUUAUUCAGUAAGCACAACAUUUAAGAGCAAUAUCUUACAGUAAUUUUUUUAUCUGUGUGCCCAGGGUGAUAUUUUUUGGGAUGAGUCAAAAAAUUAAAAAAAGAAAAUACUUAUGUGAAUCGUACACAAGCCCUUGUUUUGCAAUGUGAGAAAAUUCUUGUUGUUUGUAAGUUGCGUGAUCAACGGGGACGUUGGGGCAUGGAUUGGCUCACCCAGGGCGGGAUUCAUGCAGGAAGUCAUUUGUGAAAGUCGGGUACCUAAGUUCUGUACCAAACAAGCCUCUCUCCUACACCAACAUGUCUCACAGUAUACUGACAUGUUUUUUUUUUUUUUUGGUUUUACUAAAACUGGUAUUAACAUUAUAGCAAAACUGCUUAUUUAUUUAUUUAUUCAUCUAUUUAUUUAUUUAUUUAUUUAUUUAUUUAUUUAUUUAUUUAUUU